GCUGCAGGCACCGGGGGUUUCACUGAUAAAAGGCGGAGGAGGAGGACGAGCCUUCAGCUUCAUACUCCCCACUGCUGCUGCGGACUGCCGCUGGAAGACCCUCUGUAUGCUCCGGGCUGGAUACUAGAAAACACACACGGCUGCCGCUUGAAACUGCACGCGUGUUCAGUGUGUGCUCGAUCAUGAAUUUCACCUGAGCCGGUUGACCGUGUUCGUGGGCGUGGGAAGGACGAAGAAAGCGACUUGUUUUGUCGUGGGAAUAUUGUUGAGUAAACUUCGGCAGUGACUGCAGCAGCUCCGGCAGACCAGCGCUGGCUCCGGUUCGCCUCCUCCGGAUCACUUUUCUCCGCACCAGGAUGUAAAUUUGGGAACUUUUUUUCCACACGGACCUUACACGGAACUUUUUAAAACAUAUUUUUGAGGAAUAUUGACAGAAAGCUAUAUCAGUGAGAGGAACCGGCGGCGGAUUCAGAGAACAACUGCUGGAACAAUGCACCAAGGAACAGUUGGUGAAGAUUGCUCAGCAUUACUCCACUGAAGUUCAUCUCAAACGCACAAAGGAAAACCUCAAACGUAUCAUAAUGACUAACCUGCAAGGGAUUCUCACUGAUACAGAAGGAGAGGAGAGUGAGGAGUUCAACGGGCCUCAGCACUGAACAGGAAAGCGAGUGAUUGAUGUCAUCAGAGAUCAACGGACCUGAACACUGAACAGACAUGAUGGAGCGGCGGUGGGUGUGGCAGUUCGCCCUGAUUGCCCUGGCGACAGUUUACCUCAACCCCUCCUACGGGAAGAUGGCAGAGUUCACCUCCGACACGCUGAUCAACAACGUGGUGACCGGACCCGAUCUCCGGAAGGGCCAGGGGGGCCGGCUGUACGUCGGCGCCGUCAACGCCCUCUACCAGCUGAACCAGAACCUGGAGGUGGAGUCCCGGACCGAGACGGGCCCCAAGCGGGACAACAGACAGUGCACGCCGCCCGUCACCGACGCCUGCGAGGAGGCUGUGGACACCGACAACCACAACAAGCUGCUGCUGGUCCACUCUGCCAGAGACGUGCUGGUGGUCUGCGGCAGCGUUUUCAGGGGAAUCUGCUCACUGAGGAACCUGAGCAACGUGGAGCAGCUGCUGUACUUCAGCGACACCAAAGGCGAGAAGUCGUACGUGGCGAGCGCCGAGGAGAGCGUCUCGGUGGUGGGCGUCAUGUCGUACUUCACCACCAGGGAUGGAGCCAACUUCACCGUCUUCCUGGUGGGUAAAGGUUACGGCAGCCACGACAGCACAAAACUCAUCUCCACCCGGAUCCUGCAGGACUUCGGCGACUGGGUGGUGUUCGACAGCAUCAUCGAGGCCUCGGCAGUCCAGGCCAACCCCUUCGUGCUUCGCUACCUCCACGACUUCCGCUUUGCCUUCAAGGACGGCGGCUUUGUCUACUUCCUGUUCUCGCGGACGCUCGGCGUGCAGGACACCAAGAACUUUACCUUCAUCUCCAGGAUGUGCGAAGACGACCAGGGUUACUACUCGUACACGGAGCUGCAGCUCAACUGCAGCGCCGCCAACAAGUACAACAAAGCUCAGGCUGCUUAUGUAGCGACACCAGGUGAAGUUCUGGCUCAGAGUAUGACCAGCUCGGGCCAGUAUGGACAAGUUUCAGCCUCCGACAAGGUUCUGUUUGUCACCUUCACGUCUGAUGAAGAUCCGUCUACUUCAGCCAUGUGUAUGUUCCCUCUGCAGUUCAUUAAUAACCGUCUGGUGGAGAUAAUCGGAGCCUGUUACAGUCACCACGGCAAUAUCAACAACAAGGCCGCCGUCUACUCGCCGUACUCGUCCAAGUCUGAGGAGCUGUGCAGCGAAAAACCGAAGGACAUGGCCCAGAGGUACAAGUGUGGAGCCGAGUUCCUGCCUUCACCGCUGGCCAGUAAGGCCGAGUUCGCCCUAACAGUGGAGCCCGCAUUGGUCCGGAAGGGUCACAUGACCGCCGUGGCCGUGGCGGUGGAAAUUGAACACGCUGUGGCGUUUCUGGGCACCGCAACUGGAGAGGUGCUGAAGGUUCACCUGUCGGCCCAUCCGGAGGUCUACGGUCGAGCGCCGGGCGAAGUCACCGGAGACAAGGUCAACAAGAACCUGCUGUUCGACUCCGACCACCAACACUUGUACAUCACCACCGAGAAAAAGAUCACCAAAGUUCCGGUCCAGGCCUGCCACCUGAAGACCGACUGCCACUCCUGCGUCAACAUGAAGGAUCCUUACUGUGGAUGGUGUGUCCUGGAGGGAAGGUGUACGAGGAAGCAGGACUGCAGCCGUUCGUCGGAGGACAACACCUGGCUGUGGUCGCCCAACCAGCAGUGUGUCCAGAUCCAGGCCUUCAGCCCUCCCAACCUCAGCUGCAGAAAGACCCAGCAGGUCGACAUCAGCAUUCCGACUCUGCCCAGACUGAGGCCGACCGACAGCAUCCAGUGUGUCUUUGGUUCUUUUCGGACCGGAGGAGUCGUGACGGUGGAGGACAGUCGGGUCGAGGUCACGUGUUCGCUGCCGGACCCGGUGCAGAUCCCAGCGACGCCUGAUGAUCAAGACUUUGUGUCGGUUCCAGUUCAGGUUCUGGUGAACAACGUGAUCGAGGUGACGUCUGGAAAAUAUCACUUCUACAACUGUGCUGCUACAGUCAGGAAGAACCAGAACACACCGUGUAUCUCCUGUGUGACCAGCCAGUGGGGAUGUCAGUGGAACACCGAGAGUCACAGCUGCAGCGACAGCGACGACUCUGUUGAUGGAAAUCACAUCAUCAAACCUCAGCAGCCUGAAAGUUGUCCUCAGUUCGAGUCUCCAGAGCCGCUGCUGAUCCCGGUCGGCUUCAAGAUUCCCAUCCGCUUCCAGGGAAGAAACCUGGAAAACUACAUGGGUCGGAGGUUUUCUAUCGGCACCGAGCUGAUGAAGAUGACGGAGGAGGAAGUCGCUCAGGAGGAGGACUCCAGGUUCAGAUUCACAGGAUAUGAGUUUUCCUACGACAAACAGCAGGAGGUGAACGUUUCCUUCCACAUCAAGCAGAGCGACUCGGAGAAGAAGAUCGACAGCACGCUGACAGUUGUCCUGUAUAACUGCUCCGUUGGCCGUGAGGACUGCAGUCUCUGUAAACACGCUGACUCCAAAUAUCAGUGUGUUUGGUGCUCCGCCUCCAGAACCUGCGUUUACCGGGAGCUCUGCCUAACGCCGCAGCCGGCCCAGUGUCCAGACCCGGAGAUCACCGACAUCGUCCCUCGUUACGGCCCUCUGAACGGUCGGAUCUCGGUGACCAUUAAAGGCUCCAACAUGGGGAUAAAGAAGGAGGACAUCAAGAAGAUCACGGUGGUUGGGGUGGACUGUGUUCACCAGGAGGACAGAUAUUCCGUCUCCACCAGUGUGGUUUGCGAAAUCGGCCCAGCGAGGCGAGUUCCUCCGUUCGACCUCCCGUUUGAACCAACCAACAGUGGAGCAGUGGAAGUGGAAGUGGAGGGAGGAAGAAGAGGAACAUCCAAGGUCGUCUUCACCUACCGGGACCCCAAACCGACCACCGUCCAGCCAGCCAAGGGUCCAGCAGCUGGAGGAACCGUGAUCACCAUUGGGGGAGAAAACCUGGACACGGCCACUAAAGAUGACGUCACCGUCUCAGUGGGGGGAGUUUCCUGCGAAGUCCUGUCGUUCGGCGAAGAGAUCACCUGUAAGACCGGCAGGUAUCGAGGGCAGAAGGUUCCCUCAGAUCAGCUAAUGGUGACGGUGAAAUACGGGAAAAACACCACCAAGGACAUCCCAGCAGCGUACCAGUACUCUGAAAACCCCAAGAUCACAGAUUACUACCCCAAAGCCAGCUUCGUAUGCGGUGGUCGGUGGAUUGUGGUGGUGGGAAACGGGUUUGACCUGAUCCAGACCGCCACGAUGAAGGUGCUGCCCUCUGCUGACGAGUUUUCACAGAACACCACACCUGUAGAGUUCGUCCAGACGGCUCUGAGUAAAAACGACACUCACCUCCAGUUUUACUCUCCGCCGGUGAACUGCUGCCUUGACAGCCAGUCUUUAAGAACCGUCCUGCAGCUUGACAACAUGAUGGAGGAGCUGAAGAGCUUCGACUACCAUCCAGACCCGACCUUCAACAAGCUGGCCAAGAACGUCAUCACAGAGACCAGCAUCAUCAUCGUCACUGGUCGAGGUUUCUCCAAAGCGAUGACGGCCCCAGAGGCUCAGGCGUUUGUUGGAGAUGCUUCCUGUCACGUUAACAUCCUGCAGGACGAUAAGUUGAUCCUGGAGGCUCCGUCGUCGCAGCCGAAGUCCAGAUUCAAACGUCAGAGAAGAGACACGACCAACGACCUGCUGGAGCUCGUGGUGAAGUUCGGUCACGGCGAGUGGAUGGUCGGUUCGGUUUACUACGCCAGAAAAGACGACAUUCCUCUGGCCAUCAUCAUCCCGGCGGUUAUCGUACCGAUGCUGCUCUUCAUCGCCAUCUCCGUCUACUGCUACAGGAGGAAGAGUCAGCAGGCGGAACGAGAAUACGAGAAGGUGAAACACCAGCUGGAGAAUCUGGAGGAAAGUGUUCGAGAUCGCUGCAAGAAAGAGUUCACAGAUCUGAUGAUUGAGAUGGAGGACCACACCAGCGACCUGAGCGAAGGCCGGAUCCCCUUCCUGGACUACAAAACCUACACCGACCGCAACUUCUUCCUGCCCUCCAUCGACGGCGCCAAGGACCCCAUGAUCACGGGAAAAAUCCAAAUCCCAGAAGUCCGCAGGGCCACCGUGGCUCAGGCCCUGAACCAGUUCUCCAACCUGCUCAACAGCAAAACCUUCCUCAUCAAUUUCAUCCGCACGCUGGAGAGUCGGCCGGACUUCAACGCUCGCUCUCGCGGUUAUUUCGCCUCCCUCCUGACGGUGGCGCUGCACGGAAAGCUGGAGUAUUACACCGACAUCAUGAGGACGCUGCUGCUGGAGCUGAUGGACGAACACGUGCAGAACAAGAACCCCAAACUGAUGCUGAGGAGGUCGGAGACGGUGGUGGAGAGGAUGCUUUGUAAUUGGAUGUCCAUCUGUCUCUACCAGUUCCUGCGGGACACUGCUGGAGAACCUUUAUACAAACUGUACAAGGCUUUGAAGCACCAGGUGGAAAAAGGUCCAGUGGACGCCAAGAUAAAGAAAGCCAAAUACACCCUGAACGAUACAGGACUGCUGGGAGACGACGUCGAGUACUCAGUGCUGACUCUGCAGGUGUUGGUUCACGGUGAAGGACCAGAUGUGACUCCGGUGAAGGUGUUGAACUGUGACACCAUCACUCAGGUGAAAGAGAAGAUCAUCGAUCAGGUCUACAGGAAUCUGCCGUAUUCACAGAGACCGAAGGUGGAGAGUGUUGCUCUGGAGUGGCGUCCCGGCUCCACGGGUCAGAUCCUGUCCGACCUCGACCUCACAUCCCAGAAGGAAGGACGCUGGAAGAGGCUCAACACUCUGGCUCAUUACAACGUGCGGGAUAAUGCCACCUUGGUUCUGUCCAGAGUUUUGCACACACAGUCUUUCCACCAGCAACAAGACAACCAUGAAGAGAAGAACGCCCUGCUAGAGGACGACAACACUUUCCACCUGGUGAGGCCGGCAGACGAAAUAGACGAGGUGAAGUCAAAAAGAGGCAGCAUGAAGGACAAAGCGAUGACCAAAGCCAUCACUGAGAUCUACCUGACCAGGCUGCUGUCUGUCAAGGGCACUUUGCAGCAGUUCGUGGACGAUUUCUUCCGCAGUGUGCUGUGUUCGAACUCUGUCGUUCCUCCGGCCGUCAAAUACUUCUUUGACUUCUUGGAUGAACAAGCGUUAAGACAUGACAACGUGGAUGAGGAGACGCUGCACAUCUGGAAGACCAACAGCCUGCCUCUGCGCUUCUGGGUCAACAUCCUGAGAAACCCUCACUUCAUCUUCGACGUCCACGUGACCGAGGUGGUGGACGCUUCACUGCACGUCAUCGCUCAGACCUUCAUGGACGCCUGCACCAAGACGGAGCACAAACUCAGCAGAGAGUCUCCCAGCAACAAGCUUCUCUAUGCAAAAGAGAUUUCAACAUACAAGAAGAUGGUGGACGAUUACUACAAGGGCAUCAGACAGAUGAUUCCAGUCAGCGACCAGGACAUGAACACACACCUCGCUGAGGUGUCCCGGGAACACACAGACAAGCUGAACACCCAGGUGGCCUUACAUCAACUGUACCAGUACGCCAGCAAGUACUACGAUGUGAUCAUCCAGUCGCUGGACGAGGACCCAGCAGCCCAGAACAAACAGCUCACCCUCCGCCUCCAACAGGUCGCCGCCGCUCUGGAGAACAAGGUCACCGACCUUUGACCUCUGACCUCAUGGAGGGGUCAGGGGGAGGAGCUAAAAACACAGGAUGUUUUCCAUUUAAGGACGAGCUCGCGGACUCUGCCGAAUGUUUAAUCGUGUUAGGACUAAAGGAAGAGGCGCAGGUGGAUUCACAGGACGGACUGGAGGGGGAUUUUGAACAAGUGUUAAAAUAUGCGCCGAUAUCUGCUGCACUUCUUCUCACUUGGCAUCCCACAACCAAUAACCUAGGAGGGAUGCAAAAUGGCGACCUGCAACAUGGCUGCAGAUGGAAGCUCUGUGAAAUCAAAGUUAUUUUUUUAAAUGUAGCUAGGACGUUGCGUUUGUGUACUCCUCAGACCUUGUUGUUUCUGUGUUUGGCUUCACUGCACCGCAAAAUUUUUAAUUUCACCAUUAAAGGACCGAAGAAAGAAAGUGCCACACGAGGAAGGACGGUUUAAUUUUUGGACAUAUUUGAAGAAUAUAACUGAAAUAGUGAGACGUUACCAAAUAUUUACUUUUGGUACUCAGCCCUUUUGGAGUGGAAGUACAGCUACUCCAGGACCCUUUGAGACCACUUUAAGUUUAAGAACUGUGGAUUUGGAUGAAUCUGCCUCUAAUUCCUGAUCUGAGGUCAAGUUUUCGGUCUAAAUUAGAACCAGGAAAUCUGACCUCCUGUCAGAUCGAGUCUCAUCCCGAAGCGUGUGAAUGCUGAGAUGAAGCUCAAAUAGAAAUAAUUGACCAAUGAAAACCCACUACGGUACACACCACUGGCCAAUCAGUUGCCUCGUCUUUCAUGGCAGAACUGCAGACAGUGAAUUCAGGGUACGAAGAGUUAAAGAUGAACCCAAAAAUCAACAUAGAUUUUUCUUGCGUCGCAGCCACAUGUUGGUUUUCGUAUCAGAUCUUCUGCGGUAUGCGUUUCUACCCUGAUGAUACUGUGCUGUUGACUCAAAUCACAGCUGAGUAAUUUCAUUCUGUUUAGUAUUAUAAUAUUUUUGUAUGCAAGCUUUAAACAGAGGCAUUGCAUUUCCAUAUCCUACAUGAAUCUUAUCUGUUUAAUGGACUGAUACAUUGCCACUUAGUUUUUUUAAAAGUGUUAAUCAGGGUGGUCCACGUCAUAUCCUAAGUGUGUGAAUGUGUGUUUAGUAGAUUUUGCCGCUUCUCGCUGAGCUUGUUUUAACAAUCACAACUGCCUAAUCAUGUGGUUUCAACAGCCAAACACCUUUUAUUUUUUUAGUGUGAUUUUUUUUUUAAAUCAUCUGUAUCAUUUUGCUUCUUUUGCAAUACUCUCAACAUAUAUUAAGCUGCGUCUGUUUUCUAUUUUUCUGUUCACUUCAUUGUCUUCUGAAGACAAUAGAUUUUUCACAAAGGCUUAAAUAAAUUUAAAAAUAAUAAUAAUAAAUUUAAAAUCAGUGAUGAAAUGUGUUAAAUCCACUUACUAUGGGCUCUAUUUUUCCAUUUGUUUGAUCAGUUUGCUUGAUUACACCAAAUUAAAGCAGCACAUACAUUUUAAAACUCACAACCAAAAAUGUCCUUACAGUCUGUUGUGCUCCUACUUAUUAUUUGGACGAUUUAAAAUGCACAAUAACACAGAAAAUGCAAAAUAUGUUCGGUACACUUUAACUGCAUCACAAUUGAAUGAAAAAGCUGCAAUUGAAAUUCAGUACACUUCUUUGCUUUUAAUGCGGCAUGGAAAGAGCAAUUAAUUUGACAUAAAAAAACAGUUCUUGUUUUUCAUUAGCUCAUAGUGCAGUAAUUGCUUAUCUUAAAAGGUUUUUAUUUGUCAUUUUGAAUUUUCCUAAAUAUCACACUGAAAAAUACCAUUUUUUUCCUUCAUUCAGCAGAAACGGGAUGUAUUUUUGCGCAAAUAACAGACAUACAUGUGCCUCCUGACUAUCGCCUCCUUGGUUUUAUAGGUUUGAUGAAGUUGGUUUAAUCGGUUAAUUUGUAUAAUUGUGUUCUUUGUCUGCUCAAAGUGUCGUUAAUAUCAAUAUUUCAAGAUUUAUUUGUGAAGAAAAAAAACCUAUAAAGCAGAGUGAAGGAAAUAUGUCUCUAUCAGCUGUUAAUUUGAGAAAUAUAGAUGAAAAAUAACCACAUAUAUAUGACCAACCUCUCUGUCAAUGAGUAAACUGUGGACCAAGUAAAUUGAGUUUAAGUGCCGUUACACCGCUGAAUAUAAAUGAGCUCAUUUAUCUUCCGCUAUGCUACAUAUUAAUCAUCGUCGCCGCAAAAUCGUGAUAUAUAUAUCUGCAUUAUUCUUCACCGCCUGAGCCCAGACAACAUGCUUUAUGUAGUGCUUGAGGUAAUAUCAAAGAUAAAUUAAUGGUUUGAAGUUAUUUUAUGAACUUCCUCAAACUGUUACUUUAAAUUCGGGAGCAAUACAACAUUAAAGUUGCUGCUGUGUGUUUGCACUGGUGGCUCGAUUUACCUAAAAUGAGGAUGGAAAGUCUGCAAAGGGUUGACAAUAACUGGGCACCACAUAGAUCCAGAUACGGAAAUAAAUGCAUCCCUAGGCAUAAAUUAGUUUGUAAAGGCCACUAUGGUACCAAAAAUCUUCAAGAAACUGAGCCUGAAAGCUGAAAAUAGCAGGCUAACUAAUGUAGUGGUAUGAAAACUGUUGAAAUGUGAAACUUUUGCACCUCUGAUGUUCAAAUAUUAGAAGAAUUUCUGCAAAAUUUCACCUGCUUUUACAAGCAAACUGCCACAUUUGUGUUGUGGACAUAAGAGUUCAGUCUAAACUCGCUCUAUAAACAUUGGUUAGUUUUAAAUUAUGACAUAUUUCAUGUUGAAAAGAAUAUUUUGCUCGCUGUAUUUCUAUUGUGCUGCCAACACUUGCUUCUUUCUGCCUUGUUUUUGCCACCAGCGAGUGCCUUAAAGAGUAGAAGUGAAAGUAGAACGGGAAGGAAAAGCCAAAAAAAAAAAGUGUCUAAGAAGCACAUGUACGCGUUUAUAGUCAGUUUGCUGCACGUUUGUGAUUUUUAAUUUGAAGAUAUUGGUGGAAAACAGGAGCUUCUAAGUAUUUCAGAGGAUAAAGUUGUAAAAUCAGCUUGCACAAAAAAUGUACUUAUGCAGUCAUACCAUCACUGUUAUGUUGUGCUGUUCUUCAUUUCUUUAAAAUGAUGGUAAAAUCUGAAACUUUCUUCUAACAUGAAAGUUUGACCAGGCAGUUUCAUGUGUAAUUUCAUUAAAAUGAGUUGCACAUCACAAACUAGCUCUAAUGUAGAAAUUGGUCAUUAUUUAUAUUUACACCCAUUGAAUGCCUAGUGUAAAUGUUGUCUAGCUAAGCUGAUGCUAGCUUGCUAAUUUUCACUUUGUUGAGCUAAUGCUAGCUUGCUAGUAUAGCAAACAAAGAGUAAAUAAUUUGGAAUGCAGUCAACAUUUUGGACCUGAAAUUGAACAAAUACUGUUUAGUAACCACAUUGAUUCUGAAGAUUUUGAAGUACAUUUUACAAAAAUACAAGAAAAUCCGAAUUACAAAAUGUUAUUCCAAAUAACUGUUGUGCAUCAAACUUGAUGCUAACUUGCUAAUGUUAAGUUUGUCAAGCUGAAGUUAGCUUGAAAUGCUCAGCCUAACAUUUAAUAAAAUAAAAUGACACAGCAUUUUUCAAAUUAUGCAACGUUAUUCUGAUAACAUUUGACUAAUUGAGUUACUAUGAUUAGCGUAAUCAGCUACUCAUUUUGAACGGUGUGGAUUCCCUAAAACAUAUUUGUGUUUGUAUCCGAACAUAACAGAAAAAGCGACACUAACUACAGAUAUAAUACACUUUGUGUGCUCUAAAACUAUCAUUUUUGGAAGUUACUGUGAUUGUGAAUUAAUGAUGGUUGAACAUUUGUUUGGCACAGUUUGUGUUUUGUGUGUAAACCUGCAGCUCCACAACAUGAUAGUUAAUAUUAGGGAUGAGUUGUGUUGAUGUGUAAAAGGUACAGAAACAUGUUGUUUUGGAUGAAGGAGCAGCAGAGGAGCUGAGCCUUCGCUGUAAGUAGAUUUAUCUGUGUGUUUUUAUGAUGUAAAACUGAAGUGUAUUUGAGAAACAUAGUUUUAUGACGCACACAUUAACAGCAGCUCGGAGAGUUUUUGAAUGUUGUAGAAAAUCACCCGCCGGUACCGAUGCUUCUACCACCGUCACAGUUUGUGUUUCUACCGUUGUAUAACAGUUUGUACAUCAAAUACGACUUUCCCAUUGUUUAUUCUUGUAACACGGUUGUAGGAAACACACGGUUUGAAUGGACUGGACCAAGUGUAGACUUUGAAAUGAACACAAAUGGCACAACCAGUAACCAGAACUGGUCUGGACUGGACUGAAGCCCAAAUCGGUGACUCUUCUGAGGAGAAGUGGGCUGAAAAUCCAGAUCUAGGAAGUCCAAAUAUCAAAUAAAAGAUGUUUAUACAAAUGGAAA